AUGGGCCCCGGAGAUUCCCGGCCUGGGCUUCAUGCAGUAACCGAAAAUUAUUCUGGACUAAGUACUGCACAGCAAUUCUCUGAUCAACCAAGCACACAACCAAUGGUUCCCUCCGAACAGCAGUCCAGCCAUCCCGUCCAGGCAUCCUCCUCGUCGGCCUCUCAUCUUGACACAGCUGCCCGGGAUGAUACUCACUCCGAAGAACUUGCCCAACUUUCCACCCAGCUCAUCUCAGCCGGAUUCCUACGGCAGCCACUACCAGCUGACACCCUCAAUGGAGGCUCAAUCCAAGGUCAAAAAUAUCUGAUCAAAGCCAUCUGGUCUAUGGUCGCAUCUCGCUCGAAGGAGAUGACGAUUCGUGAAGGCCUGUUGGCUAAGCAGAGAGAACUAUCCUAUGAGCAUACCCGCCUGGAAGGAUUUCUGGAACGCGCUGAGAAGGAUAAACUUGAGGCACAACAGGAGGCAACUGCAAGCACAAAUCGAGCAAAUGCGGCACAGAAGGAACUUGAACUCGAAAAAGCUAGACAUCGAAAGACGCGAGAUGACUAUUCCAAGCUGAAGAAUGCUGAACGACUGAUCAAAACGACUAGUGUCCACGAACUGCGGAAGAAGACUAAUGAACUCGAUGAACUCCAACGACGUCUGACAAAGCUAUCAUCCAGCAAGGACCUUCCUCUCCCGUCUUCUCUAAACUGGACUUCAUCAGCCCCUCUCGCGACCCGAGUUGACACUACAGGUGGCGGACGCGUCGGGCUACUCGAAUUCGAUCUUAAAUCCUCGCGGGACCAGAACAAGCAACUUCAAAUUGAUAAUUCAAGACUCCGAGAAUAUCUGGGGCUUUAUGAACAACAAUUGAUUGACCUGAUAUCAGAAAUCGCGAAUCCUAAUGAUCCCGGGGGCUCGAAUUUUGAGAUCGAUGAUGAGGACCCCCUCGAUGAAGAUAAUCGGUUUAUCAGUGCCCCGAGCUCUAAUGUACCAUUGCCGAAAAUCUACAAGAGACUAUCCAUAGUGACUUACAAACUUCGUGAAAGAGUGCUUGAAGUGAUGAAGCUGGUCGAAGAACUACAGAGUAAAUUAACUGAAACCAGUUCACUUGCAGAACAGGAGAGGAUCAAGUCUAAAAAAGAACUUGAGAAGAUGCGGACUAACCUUGAAAAAGAAGUCGAGAUGCUCAAGUUGUCACUGAAAGAAGCCGAAGCCACUAUUGAAGGAUGGGCUCAUACUGGCUUGGCCGGCGGAGUAGCGCGAGCGAAUGGAAUGGAAGAUGUCACCCUUGAGAACAGCUUCGAAAUCGCUCAGCCGAAAAUACCAAUGCGAUUUGAAGCCUUAUCGGAAGAAAGAAAGAAAUUAGCACAAGAGGCCAUCGAACUUUCCAAGCAGCGAGCGGAGAUAGAGAUGCGCAAGUUGAACGAGGAGCGUGAAAAAAUACUGAAAGAGCUGGACAUGAACCCGACUCCCAAGCAGUCGACCUCGACGAGCAAGACGGCCGGUAGUCAAGCGGCCGAUCCGAGCCGGCCAUCCAACGAAAAAGGGAACGAAACGCUAGAGAGUUUGGUCGUUUGCACCAAGUCGAAAAGCUCCACGGCCAAGGUUUUACCGAUGAGGACGGGCAAGGCAAGAUCGUCGAUUUCGAAGGGUAUAGGCACAGUCCAUAGAGUCAAACAACACGUCCCGACUUCUGUCGCUAGUCUUUCCAAGCCCUCGUCGAGCCGGAGCCGGACGGCGGUAUUGAAAUCUUUGUUAUCAAUCACUGGAGAGGACGCUGGAACCUCGGGAAGCUCUACUACAGCUACUGCUGCUACCGGCAGCUCGGCAACUACCAGUAAACCCGCUCUACCCAUCAGAACCCUCAACCCUUCUACCUCCACCGCUGCACAAGUACCAUCAACAACAACAUCCUCAUCUUCGCGUUCAAGGACCGAUUCAACCGUUCAGAGGAAAUUUGAUCUCGGCAAACCUCACUCCCGGAUCACUCGUCCACCCCGCUGA